AUGGACAUAUCAGAAACUAGUAAAUGUAAUCAUGUUGAUGUUAAGACAUUAGCAGCUACUGAAUGGCUAAAGUUACAAAAAAUUAACUAUAUAGACUCUACUGGAAAAUCUAAAACAUGGGAUAGAGUUAUUAGAACUAGUAAUAAAGAUAAAGGGGUUGACGCUGUUUGUGUAUUAGCCUAUAUAAAAUUUAAGCAGAGCAUAGAGAUAUUAGUUGUGAAGCAAUAUAGACCUCCAGUAAACUCUUUUACACUGGAGUUACCUGCUGGAUUAAUUGAUAAGGGUGAAUCAAUACAUGAAGCUGCACUAAGAGAGCUUAAAGAAGAGACUGGAUAUAUAGGUGAAGUUACUUCAAUUUCUCCUAUGGUUUCUAUGUCUCCUGGUUUAUCUAAUGAAUCUGUAAAAAUAGUAACUGUAGAAAUCGACUUAAAUAAUCCAUUAAAUGUACACCCAAAGCAAGAUACUAAUGAUUACAAACAAAUUAGUGUUAUUAGAGUUCCCAUAAAUAAUCUAAAGUUAGUACUUGAUGAAUAUUCAAAAGAAAAAAAUUGCAUAAUCCAUAUAGGCUUAUACUCUAUAGCCCUUGGAUUAAAUUUAGCUUCUAUUUAA